AAUCUACAUGGUAAUGGAUCCUUAUUGGUCUAAUAUGACAUGUUAAGCUAUCAGAUGAUGUGAUCAGCUGCAGUCUCCACUCUACUGAGGAGCUACAUGAAUCCAAACUGAAGAAAGCAGGUGAUGAGGUGACCCCUCUUACCCAAGACCCAACCUGCUGGGAAAACCUUUUCUGGAAAAUUUAUUCUCUGUUAUAGAAGAACGAUUUCUUUCACAAAAAGGAACUGGACUCUUAUUAUUCUCCUUAAAGGAGACACUAGAACUAAUCUAGAUACAUAUGAUUUUUUUUCUGUAAAAUCAUUCAACGGCACUUUAUUACCCUUCUGAUAUCAGAAGUUGGGUUAAAGAUUUUCUGUGUAGUGCGUAGACUGAUAGCAUGAUCUUCAAUAUGUCUGAUUAUUUGGUGUAAUUUGAUGAGCACCACUGGCUGUGGUUGCGUUCUAAUUCACCGUCCACUCUAUUAGGAACACCUAUACAACUGAACAUUUAUGCAGUUAUCUAAUCAGCCAAUCAGGUAGCAGUAGCGCAAUGCAAAGAAGAAAAAAAAUCAUGCAAAAAAAGCUCUUGAUACAGGUCAAGAGCUUCAAUUAAUGUUCACAUCAAACAUCAGAAUGAGGAAAACGUGAGAUCUCUGUGGCUUUAACCAUGGCAUGAUUGUUGGUACCAGAUGUGUCGGUUUGAGUGUUACAGAAACUGCAGAUCUCCUGGAAUUUUCACACACAACAGUCUCUAGAGUUUACACAGAAUGGUGCAAUGAGUGAGCAAAAGUUCUAUGGGUAGGAAAGCCUUGUUGAUAAGAGAGGUCAGAGGAGAAUGGCCAGAUUGGUUUGAGCUGCCAGGAAGAAUAUAGUAAAUCAUAUAAAAGGUUUAUAAAGGUUUGAUGUGUUGUGUGUUCUGAGAUGUUUUUCUGCUCACCACAGUUGUAAAGAGUGCUUAUCUGAGUUACUAUAUUCUUGUCAAAAGACAGUGACUCAGCAAGAGUCAGAGCCAUAAUUAAUCUUUGCUAAAAGGCAACUUAAAGUUACAUAAAAAUGACCAUUGCUGUGUUUUUAACAUGGCACAUAAUCAGUUAAAGUAAAUAACAGAAAUAAACUAAGAUGUGGUGAAUAUGAAAUACGAAAGAUGACAUUAAAAUUGUUCUACCGUAAAUGACAGUGAUAACAAUAGCAGUGUUUCUGUGGAAAACAAUCAGUUUUACGGUUUACCACAAAUCCUUUUACUCUGCCACUACAUACUUCCACGCUUUAUUGGUUUCAGCACAAGUAAAAUGACUAAUAAAGACAAUAACUAGAGUAUUUAAAUUGUAUUUAAAUGACUAAUCCUGUAAACUAUUGCUUUUAUAAAAAAUAAUAUUUAAAUAUUUUUGAGAAAAGGUGACCAAAGUUGGAGCACAUACAGCACACACACGUGUGUUUUCUGUCGUAAUUAUUUUUUAUUGCUAGCCAGUUAGCUAUUCUGAGAGGAAUUUUAAUUCAUAUAAAUGAAUUUAUUUUCAGCUAAUAUGAGAUAACCUGACCAGCCUUCUGAGAGGAUUUCUAAACAAUAUUCAUAAUUACUAUUUUAAAACAAGCUUUUCAUGUUAAAAUAGAUAAGAAUAAAUGUUACUGGCAGAAAAAGUCCUGUCACCUACACAAUUUUCUUAUCAUCUAUUUUUUCUAUAAAAAUGUAUUUUAUUCUUAUUUAAAUCACACAAAUUAUAUUUGUUUUUAUUCACAUGUAAAAUGCUCUGCUCUGUAAAUCGCGAUAAACAAACGUUAAAGCACAGUUUAGGCUGCUAAUGCUAGCCAGCUAGCUAACGUGAGGUAAUUUAACAGGAUUUCUGACAAGAUUUAUUAUGUACGUCAUAUUCUUACUCGCACUUCAUAUUACAAACAUCAAAUUUAAAGGAAGUUAUGGUGGAAGCAUAACAAUUUACCAAAUUAACUACCUAGUUAUUGAGUCAGCUAACCGCUAACCUCAGUCUCCCUCCUGAGGUAACGGCACCGACUGAACACUGUAGGACUCGGAAUCGAUCUCACAGAGAGUCGAUUCUCCGGCACGAGUCAUGUGGGAAUCGACUCUAAAGCUUUGGAGUCGGUUCGAUUCCUCUCACAGAAGACGUGAAGUGAGAAAGUAGGAAAUUCCGCUGUCACAUAGUGUUUUAGAGUGUCUGAAAGAAGUCUGAAAGAAGAUAAAUGUACAAAUUUACACCAAGACUGCAGGAAAAUUAAUUUAUCUGUUUUCAUCUUCAGCUGAUGGACCGCACAAAAAGCGCUUAUAGGAGAUUAGAUGAAGUCAAAAUGGAUGCAAGUGCUCUACUUGUUUGAAUUGUUUGUUUGGGGUUUUUCUCUGUGCAAGUACAGUGAUGUCACCAGCAGAGGUCGCCAAAAAUAAAUAAAAAAAAUUGCUGAAUAAGCGCUCUGUGCCCUAGCUGUACAUAUAUUACACAUACUGCAUUUGAUGUUUAUACUGUGGCAUAUAAGUUUAUACACUUAACUGGUUACAUAUGCUACUGUGCACAAAUAUUUACUACAGUUACCUUCUGUGUCACAAGAUCCCAACCCUGAUCAUGGAGAAACCCCUGAUGUUAACAUUUUAGUAUUUCCCUUCUCUAACACACCCACUGCACCUCAGGAAGGGCUGUUAAUUAGCUGAUUAGUUGAAUCAGUGUUAAGUUAUGAAAUGAACACCAUCCAGGUGUUCACGUUCCGCAUUCUCACACCGACAGGUUUUCCUGGUUUCAGAUGGCGGAACUAGACCGAGUUUGUUGUUCUUUUUCAGUUUAAUCCCGAGAUUAAGGAGCGAGUUUGCUGGGGUUUUUUCAGUUUAAUCCCGAGAUUAAGGAGCGAGUUUGCUGUUCUGUUUCAGUAUAAACCGAGAUUAGGGAGCGGUUUUGGUGGAUAAUAAUGCGCUAAGGAAGGAGUCGUUAAACAGUAACCAUUGUUAAUUGUGGAAGAAGACAUGACAUCCAAAAUGAAUUCCUCCACUCAGGACCCAGAGAAUUCUGAAAGGAAGAGAUCAGAGUCCCCAGAACCCAGCUGUGUGUCCAUGAAGAGUGAUCAGUCAAUUCAUGAACCUUUAAAAUUCAGAGAGGGAGAGAGUUCUGCUGAGCUCAGAAAGAGAUCAGAGUCACCAGAACCCAGCUGUGUGUCCAUGAAGAGUGAUCAGUCACUGCAUGAACCUUUAAAAUUCAGAGAGGGACUAGUUCAGGGAUUACUUCAGAAAGCUAUAGAGAAAGAAUGUUCUACUGAGUUUUGUUACCAAAAGACGGGAGCAAGCAGAAAAGCGCAAAAGUUAAAGUCCAUAUUCAAGGAGCUGGAGCGAAAGUUCAUCACUAUAGUGCAGAAAGAGUUAGACAGAUUCAUGAAGUUACUUAGUCCAGAUUACCCAGAAUGCCCUGACAGUGAGAAGGAUCAGAGUGAUGUGAGAGGUGGAGUGCUGAAGAUCACACUGCACAUCCUGAGGAACAUGAACCAGUCUGAACUCGCAAACACGCUACAGAACAAAUUUCUCCCUGAUUGUCGUCAAAAAUUCAAGUCUAGAUUAACAAAAAAAUUUCAGAAAAUCCAUGAGGGAAUCUCAGACCACGGAACUGCAACACUUCUGAAUGAGAUCUACACAGAGCUCUACAUCACAGAGGGAGGAAGUGGAGACGUCAAUACUGAACAUGAGGUGAGACAGAUUGAGACAGCGUUCAGGAGACCAGCAACACAGGAGACACCCAUCAAAUGUAAUGACCUCUUUAAAGAAAAAAACAACAGAACUGUGCUGACUAAAGGAGUAGCUGGAAUUGGAAAAACAGUCUCUGUGCAGAAGUUUAUUCUGGACUGGGCUGAAGGAAAAGCAAAUCAGGAUGUCAUCUUCAUGUUUCCACUUCCCUUUAGAGAGCUGAAUCUGAUGAAGGAGAAAAGGUUCAGUCUGAUGGAUCUUCUUCAUCACUUUUUCCCGGAAACAAAGGAAUUAAAAAUGAGACAUUAUAAUCAGUACAGGAUGUUGUUCAUCUUUGAUGGUCUGGAUGAGUGUCGACUUCCUCUAAAUUUCCAGAACAAUGAGAGAUUGUGUGAUGUGACAGAGUCCGCCUCAGUGGAUGUGCUGCUGACAAACCUCAUCAAGGGGAAUCUGCUUCCCUCUGCUCUCCUCUGGAUAACCUCUCGACCAGGAGCAGCCAAUCAGAUCCCUCCUGAGUGUGUAGACCAGGUAACAGAGGUACGAGGCUUCAGUGAUCCUCAGAAAGAGGAGUACUUCAGGAAGAGGAUCAGUGAUCAGAUCCUGGCCGAUAAAAUUAUCACACACACGAAGUCUUCAAGAAGCCUCUACAUCAUGUGCCACAUCCCAGUCUUCUGCUGGAUUUCAGCCACUGUUCUAGAGAGAAUGUUGUGUGAAGCAGAGAGUGGAGAGAUCCCCAAGACUCUGACUCAAAUGUACAUACACUUCUUGAUCUUUCAGAUCAAACACAAGGACCAAAAGUACCAUCAGAAAUGUGACCCUGAUCCUCAGCAGACCACAGAGAGUAUCCUGGUACUGGGAAAACUGGCUUUCCAACAACUGGAGAAAGGAAACCUGAUCUUCUAUGAGGAAGACCUGAGAGAGUGUGGCAUUGAUGUCAGAGAAGUGUCAGUGUACUCAGGAGUGUGUACCCAAAUCUUCAGAGAGGAGUUUGGGCUUCACCUGGAGAAGGUGUUCAGCUUUGUACAUUUGAGCGUUCAGGAGUUUCUUGCUGCUUUAUAUGUAUUUCUCUGCUUCUUAAACAACAGAAAUGUGCUUCAAGAGCAAACUACUGGAUUUGUUUUUUUCAAGAAGUCAAAAAUGUCUGAUUUCCUGAAGAUUGCAGUGGACAAGACUUUACAGAGUGAGAAUGGACACCUGGAUCUUUUCCUCCGUUUCCUUCUGGGUCUCUCACGAGUGUCUAAUCAGUCUCUCUUACGAGGUUUAAUGCCACAGACAGGAAGCAGCUCUCACAGCAAACAGGAAACAGUCAAGUUCAUCAAGGAGAAGAUCAGAGAGAACCUCUCUCCAGAGAAAUCCAUCAAUCUGUUCCACUGUCUGAAUGAACUGAAUGAUCAUUCUCUAGUGCAGGAAGUCCAAAUUUACCUCAAUAAAGGAGCACAUAGUCGUCUCCAUGGUGCCAGACUCUCUCCUUCUCAGUGGUCAGCUCUGGUGUUUGUGUUACUGAACUCAGAAGAGGAGCUGGAUGAGUUCGAUUUGAGUAAAUAUGACAAAUCAGAGGAAUGUCUUCAUAGGCUGCUGCCAGUGAUCAAAUCCUCCAGAAAAGCUGUGUGA